AUGUCUCUCCUCAAACACGCCAUCCCAUUGGGGAUCAUCUCCCUUCUUGGCCUGAUCAGCUCUGUCAAAGCUCAGGACGAUAGUGAUACUAGCCAGUGGCCAGAAUGGGUCACAAACGACUACGAUUGUGUGAUCGGAUGUCUUUCCGGCUUCAACGACACCAUCACCACUAUACCUCAGCCCGACCUUGAGUCUGCGGCUUACAGCUGUUCAUCUUCGACCUGUACUGGCGACUCCACGGGAAAUUACUAUCAGACUCUAUACUACAUCCAACUCUUCUAUGCCACAGGCUCCAUUUACGAGUGGUCUGACUCUGCCCCAGACGGCUACAAACACGCCAAUUUCACCUCCUCCGAAGCUACUUCUGACGCCGCCGUUAGCAGCUCGUCUGAUGAUAGCGACGAUGGAAGCGACAGUGCUGAUAGCACAGAUUCGUCUACAGACAGUGCCGAUGCCUCUGCUUCUGCUACAGACUCUUCCAGCCCCGAAGGAAGUGGCUCGGCGGCUGGCGAUUCUGGAGCGGCAGAGACUGGCGCUGUUGACGUUGCUGAGAGUUCCAGUACCGAAGCAAGCACGUCCUCCAAGCAGUCUUCUUCAGCUUCUGGAUCAGCAUCCACUAGUGCCAAGACUGGAACUUCUAAGGCAUCUUCCACAGUUGCAGCAGACCAGAGUGAAGGUACCAGUAGCGCGGGCACGAAGGUCGGCACUGCUGUUGGGGUGCAGGGCGUCUUGGCAGUUGUUGUUGCCGUCGCUGCUGGGGGCCUCUGGACUGGUCUAUAG